AUGUCCGAACAGAAUUGGCGCCCUGGCAAACGAGUAGCCAUUGCUGGUGGAGGUCCAGGAGCUAUCUCGACAGGCCUUGCCUUCCUCAAGCGUGGCUACGACGUGCGUAUCUUCGAGCGACAGCCCGAGUGCAAGGCAAUCGGUGGCGCCGUCCUCUUGUCGACACCGGUGUUGGCGAUUCUGCGAUCCUACGGGAUGAGUCUAGACAACGUGGGCUCCUACACAGUCACGCACUUCCAAAACAAUACCGGAGUGGAGCGUGUCCAGCUUCCCUUCAACAAAGAGGUUGAACAACGCAUGGGAAUCAAAGGCUGGCACUACGGAGUCCUGCGAUCAUCCAUCUUCAAGAAAAUGUUGGAUCGCGUGCCAGGCGGUAUUAUCCAGGCCAACCAUGAAGUGACCGGUUAUACCGAGCUUGAAGAUGGUGUUGAGGUCGAGUUCAAAAAUGGAGCCAAGGUCACGGCCGAUAUCCUCAUUGGCGCAGAUGGAAUCCGCUCGCCAGUUUCGCGACAGGCAUUUGGCGAGCCUGACCUUUUCCACACAGGAAUUCGUCUCUGGCUCGCUUGGUGUGAUCAUAUCCCCGGUAUUCCCGAAAGGCACGGCGUUAUUUCUCACGACUGGCAACACCAGGCUAGCUUCUUCCCCAUGCUUCACGAUGGAAAACCUGGGUUCGAAUGGUGGGUUGUUGAGCCAUCGUGGGAAGGAAAGCCACUGCCUGAUGACCCAAAGGAGCAUCUAGGCAACAUCCUGAAAGGUUGGCAAGAGCCCAUGCCUCGGUUCCUGGAAGCUACCAAUUUCGAUACGCAGGUAUAUCGAUGGGAGAUUUACAAUAGGCAUUCCAUGAAGAAAUGGUCAAAGGGCCGGGUCGCAUGUGUCGGCGAUGCUGUGCACCCGGUAUCGCCAUAUGCGGCGUAUGGCAUGGGAAUGGCCAUUGAAGAUGGUUACUAUCUUGCCAAGUCGCUGGAUGGUGUUGACCUGCGGGAUUUGCGGGCUGUUAGUGCCGGCUUUGAGCUUUACGAAAAGCAGCGAGUUGACUAUGUUAACCACAACAUGGAAUUUGCUCGCUUCUUGGGAAGAAUGUUUCACUCUUUGCCUUGGCCUCUUGCUAAGAUUCGUGAUUUGAUCUUUGACUACACUCCCUUGUUGGGAAAUUAUUUGAAGAAGGGGUAUCUUCAAAAGGCCGAGGAAGAGACGAUGAGUUUAAAGGAGCUUCAGGUGACUUAG